AUGGCACCGCAACCUGUGAGCGGCGGCAUGCUGAACCCACGCAACCUCAAGCGUGUGGGUAUCGGUGCUGUCAUCUUCUUCACGACCAUCAUCUUCAUCACCAUCCUCACGCGCAUCUUUGGCGGGACCGUCGCGCCCGAGGUGCACUUUCCUCAAAAGUUCCUCAGCAGCAUCGGCCAGCACCAAUCGUGCGUCUCGCGCGAAGGCGACCAGAAUCCGCUGACGGCCCUCGACGCGAAAUAUGCUCAUCUGAGUGAUGACAAGUUCACAAUUGCUAUGCAGACAUACAAGCGUCCCAAGGAGCUCCAGGCCACUAUCAAGGCCCUUACGGAUCGCAAAAAACCCAUUCCAUCGCUCGAGGAACUCGUCGUUGUCUGGAACAAUCUCGAAGAGGAGCCCCCCAAGGACUACGUCUCCAAGUCCGGCGUCCCCAUCCGCUAUCGCAUGUCCGCCCGCAAUAGCCUCAACGAGAAGCUCAUCCCCGAUCCCGCCUACAAGACCAAGGCGAUUCUGCUGACCGACGACGACGUCUACUACGAGCCCGAUGACCUCGAAUUUGUCUUCCAGUCCUGGCGCAAGUUCGCCCAGUACCGUCUCGUCGGUGCCCUUCCCCGCUGCUCAGAGAUGCGCGACGGCGAAUGGAAGUACGAGUUCUGCACCAACAAGUCCGGCCAGAAGCACUACUCCAUGAUCCUCACCAACCUGUGCUUCUCGCACAUUGCCUUCCUUGACCACUACUCGUCCGACGCGCCCGAAGCCGUCAAGAUCCGCGAUUACGUUGACGAGCACUUCAACUGCGAGGACAUUGCGCUCAACUAUCUUGCGUCGAGUCUCACGGGCUGGGGUCCUCUCGAGGCCAACGGCUUCGACCGCUACCGCAACAUGGACCCGUCUGAGGGUAUCAGCCGUAAGCCUGGCCACCUCGAGGCGCGAAGCCAGUGCCUCAACGACUUUGUCGACAUCUUCGGCUGCCAGCCUCUGGUGGACGAGACAUCGCACAUUGUCCGCGGUCUCUCCGUGCUGUAA